CGCGCGCGAAGCACACGAGAUAGAGCUGCUAGAGGCUAGAGCAGUAGAGCUAGAAGAGGAGGACAACAACCAUGGAUGCGGCGGCGGCGGCGGCGGCGAGGGGAGAUACGAAGAAGAAGAAGAUGCUUGCCACCCUGGUGGGCUGCAACUACGCCGGCACGCCGUACGAGCUGCAGGGCUGCAUCAACGACGUCCACGCCAUGCGCGCCGUCCUCCUCGCCCGCUUCGGCUUCGCGCCUGCCGACGUCACCGUGCUCACCGACGACCAGCACGGGCGCGGCGGCGGCGGCGGCGUGCUCCCGACCGGAGCAGCCGUCAGGCGCGCGCUGGAUGACAUGGUGGCGCGCGCGGCGCCCGGGGACGUGCUCUUCUUCCACUUCAGCGGCCACGGCACGCUCGUCCCGCCCGUCGGCGGCGGCGGCGGCGGGCCGCGCCGCCGCCGCGACGACGAGGCCAUCGUGCCGUGCGACUUCAACCUCAUCACAGACGUGGACUUCCGGGAGCUGGUGGACCGCGUGCCGCGGGGCGCCACCUUCACCAUGGCGUCCGACUCGUGCCACAGCGGCGGCCUCAUCGACCAGGAGAAGGAGCAGAUCGGGCCCACCGCCGGCGGCGCCGACCGCCCGAGCCUCCCCCUCCCCCUCGGCGCACGCGGCCGGUUCCUCCCGUACGCCGCGGUGCUCGGCCACCUGUCCGCGGCGUCGGGCGUGGCGGCCACGCACCAUCACCACCUGCACGUCGCCGACCACCUCCUGGCGCUCUUCGGCGCCGACGCCAGCGCCAAGUUCCAACUCCAGGUCCUCCACCGCCACGGCCACCACGGCGCCGGCGCCGACGCCGGGAUCCUGCUGAGCGGGUGUCAGACGGACGAGACGUCGGCGGACGUGGCGCAGGAUGACGACGCGGCGCUCGGCGGCAGGGCGUGUGGGGCGUUCAGCGCCGCGCUGCAGGUCGUGCUGGCGGCGCACCCGGCGCCGUUGACAAACCGCGAGGUGGUGUGCCGCGCCAGGGUGGUGUUGAGCGACCAGGGGUUCCAACAACACCCCUGCCUCUACUGCAGCGACGCCAACGCUGACGCACCGUUCCUGGGACAGGACGGCACCAAGGCCAAGAGCAAAUGAGCAAGGAGAGGGGUUCCAUGCAUGCAUGAUCCACACGCUCGACACUCGCUUGCUUGAUCCGCUGCAAUUUAUGCGUACGAUUAUUAUUAUUAUUUAUUAAUAAAAUAACUACAUAUGCGUGUGCGUAUGCAGAGAG